CAAUGUGUAACUGCAACAUUCUUUACUUAGUACUACCAUUUUUCCUACUAUUUUGCAGCUUUUCUCUAAGAUGCAACGCGGUGCAGAGUGAUAUCGAUUGCUUGAAAUCGAUUAAAGAUUCGUUGAUAGACCCUUUAAACAUCUUGAAUUCUACAUGGAAGUUCGAUAAUCAGACAGAAGGUUUUAUAUGCAAAUUUACAGGAAUACAAUGCUGGAAUGCCGAUGAGAACAUAGUUGUAUCCAUUAGUCUUCCAGACAUGGGACUAAUAGGUGAGUUUCCGCGAGGCAUACAAAAUUGCACUUCUUUAACUUCUCUGAAUCUUUCAAACAACGAGCUAUAUGGAACCAUCCCUUCCGAUAUAUCAAAACUAAUCGCAUUUGCUGUAGACAUUGAUCUCUCGAGCAACCUAUUCUCAGGCGCUAUCCCAAGUGACAUUUCAAAUUUCUCUUUUCUCAAUUCCCUCAAAUUAGAAAACAAUAAACUAGAAGGACUGAUCCCACCUGAAAUUUGCUGGUUACAGCGACUCAGGAUGUUUAAUGUUGCAGAUAAUAUGUUGACAGGGCCAGUGCCAAAUUUUGUCAAUGCUGCUUUUCCAGCUGAAAGUUAUGCAAAUAAUCCAGGACUUUGUGGUAGUCCUCUGGAAUUAUGUGUUACAGAACGCGUAGUAAGCCGUCAUAUUCUGUUUGCUUGUGGUUUUGUGACGGGUUGGUCGCUUUCUACAUUACUUGGUGUAUAUUUUUUUUUUGGUGUAAAGAAGAUGUUUCUCUUGAUCAACAAGAGAACAAAGGUAAUGGUGAUUGAUGGAAAUGAAGUAAACAGUGACCCAAAGAUUUUAAAGCUGGAGAAGAUUGUUACAAGAAUGAGUUUUAUGGAACUAUCAAAAGCGACUUUGAAUUUCAGCCAAGACAAUGAAAUCGGGAACGGAAUGCUGGGGAAAUUGUACAAAGCACUGGUCCCAAAUGGAUGGACUGUUGCCAUAAAGAGGCUCCAAAGUUCCGAAGAUUUGGAGGAAGAGUUUGUUUCGGAGAUCACAACUCUAGGUAUCUUGAGGCAUCCGAAUUUAGUGCCCCUAGUCGGAUUUUGUUAUGAGAGGGACGAGCGACUUCUGGUUUACAAAUACAUGCCUAAUGGAAACUUACAUGAGUGGCUGCAUUCAACUGACGACAAGGCACAAUUCUUGGACUUCCCUCUAAGGGUAAAAAUUGUUGUUAGUGUCGCGAAAGCCCUGGCUUGGCUUCAUGAUAGUGGAAAUUUCCAUGUCGUGCAUAGUAACAUUAGCACACAAUGUAUCUUGCUCGAUGAAAUCUUACAUAUUGAGUUGCUCGAGUCUAAAUUUGUCGAGCAGCUCUUUUGCCAGUCCUCUUGA